AUGUGGAGCGCGGGACGCGGCCGCGCUGCGGGGGCGGCGCUGCUGGGGCUGCUGCUGGCGCUCUCGGUGCCGGGCAGCGGCGCCGCCAAGCCCGGCGCGGGUCUCGUGACCUGCGGGUCGGUGCUGAAGCUGUUCAAUACGCAGCACCGGGUGCGGCUGCACUCGCACGACGUCAAAUACGGAUCCGGCAGCGGCCAGCAGUCGGUGACCGGCGUGGAGGCGUCUGACGACGCCAACAGCUACUGGCGGAUCCGCAGCGGCUCGGAGGGCGGAUGUCCGCGCGGGUCCCCCGUGCGCUGUGGGCAGGCCGUGCGGCUGACACACGUGCUCACCGGCAAGAACCUGCACACGCACCACUUCCCGUCGCCGCUGUCCAAUAACCAGGAGGUGAGUGCCUUUGGGGAAGACGGUGAGGGUGACGACCUUGACCUGUGGACCGUGCGCUGCUCGGGGAAGCACUGGGAGCGGGAGGCUGCGGUGCGCUUCCAGCACGUGGGCACCUCUGUGUUCCUGUCGGUCACCGGCGAGCAGUACGGGAGCCCCAUCCGAGGGCAGCACGAGGUGCACGGCAUGCCCAGCGCCAACACACACAACACGUGGAAGGCCAUGGAGGGCAUCUUCAUCAAGCCCAGCGUGGACGCCGCUGCAGGUCACGAUGAACUCUGA